AUGACAACACUAUCGACUUCCUCCCAGGCUGAGCUGGUCCCACAACCCUCAAGCGUCCAUAGCCUCUCCCAGGUAACCAGAAGCCUGUUUAUAAGUAAUGCUGUGACAGCUAAUAGCAGAUUCAUGUUGUCCAGCUACCACAUCACUACGGUCAUCAGUGUUUCAGUGGAGACAGUCAACAUAGUUUUUGAGGGCAUCCAAUACCUAAAGGUACCGGUGGCCGACUCUCCCAGCGCACACCUCUACGAUUUUUUUGAUACUGUAGCUGAUUGCAUCCACAGCGUGGAUAUGAAGCAAGGCCGAGCACUGCUGUACUGUGUCGCUGGUGUGAGCCGCUCCGCCACUCUCUGUAUCGCCUUUCUCAUGAAGUACCGUCACAUGUCACUGCUGAAUGCUCACAAAUGGACCAAGUUAUGCCGCCCCAUCAUUUGACCCAACAAUGGCUUUUGGGAACAACUUAUAGAUUAUGAAUACAAGCUAUUUACCAAAAACACGGUACAAAUGAUCAAUUCUCCAGUGGGUAGGAUUCCAGACAUCUACCAAAAGGAACUCCAUUUGAUGAUGCCAAAGUAA